AUGCAGGUGAUGCAAGCAGGUCCGUUUACUGUAAACGUGUUGAGUAAAUGCCAUGUUGAAGCUGUUGUGCGAACGUCCAAAACCCACAGGAAUCCGAAUCGACUAUUUUGGUCGUGCCCCAAUUACAAAUCCCCAUUUGGAAAGUGGUGCGAUUACUUCGAAUGGUGUGACCUCCGCAUCCUUCAAGACAUCGAGCUUUAUAAGCAAAGAAUCGUCAAGCUGGUGCAACGAGUUGCUAUUCUGGAGGAGGACAACCAUCGCCUUGUUAAUGAACUCCAAACUCAAGGUGACAAUGGUCAUUCACAGCAACAAUCGAAUACUGGGACUCAUGAUUGUUUCGUAACUGUCGAUGUUGAUGUAGUACGAGGAGAAUCGUCUGCCGUAGCCACCAUGAUCAGUCGCUUAACCAUUAACUAG